AUGUUAAUAGGGGUAAUGGAACAAAAACCAUUGUUAUGGGAUACAUCCUGUGAGGAUUACAAGAACCGAGACAUGAAAACGAAAGCCUGGGAGGACGUGUGCGAAAUGUGCAUUGAACAACAGGAUUUCAGGAGCCUUCCUGAAUACAAGCAGCAAGAAGCAAUUAAAUUAAUUCAGCAAAGAUGGAAGUCCGCUCGAGACGCUUACCGAAGGGAUCAAUCAAAAAUAAAAUCCGGCCUAGACGACUCCUCGUUCAAAAAAUACAUAUAUUUUGAUAAUCUCAAGUUCUUGGAUAAAAUACCGUUCAAUCAUACCGAAGUUAAAUUUAACAAAAUGGAUAAUGAAUACGAAGAAGAAGAUGAAGAAGUAGAACUAUCAGGGCAUUUCAACGAUGGUACAGUUAUCGAAGACAUUGCAGAGCUCACAGAAAGAGACAUUAUACAUUCGCAAAGAAAAAUGGACACAAGGAAACGAAAAAAGGAAGUAACGAUAGACGAAAGGCUAAUGGACCUCCUCGAAAGCUCUAAGAAAAGCGAUCCUAACGGCAACAGGGCAUUCCUCGAAUCCUUAAUACCCACUUUAGACACAUUCGAUGAAGUAAAACAAUUACAAUUUCGAGCAGAGAGAAACGCCUUACUCAGUUGA